CGCCGACAGCCGAUCACGCCAUUGCCCCUGCUGCGAAGGAAGCAAAGAAUAAUAGAGCCAAGCCUUUGACAGACACACUCACAAAUACUUGCGACUCACCUCGACGACAUUCUUUGAGGCAACAGGGUCCAGUGGCAACAUCCAAACCGGCCAAUUAAUAAUCUCGUGGUGUUGGGAAGAAAAGAGUCAUGGCUGGAGCACUCGGGGCCAGGGCUGCUCGCGCCUCGGCGAUGAGCCUGAGGGCGUCGUCUUCACUCAGAACAUACGCAACCGUCACAUCGAUGCCCCCCAAGCCCCACCACCGGGUCGUCGUGGUCGGCGGCGGCACGGCGGGCGUGACCGUGGCGGCGCAGCUGAUGCGGUCGAAACAGUUCCAGAAGGACGACAUCGCCAUCCUCGACCCGGCCAAGGACCACCACUACCAGCCCGGCUGGACCCUCGUCGGCGCCGGCCUCAAGCCCCUGGCCGGCAUGAGCCGCCCGCUGCCCAGCCUGAUCCCCUCGGGCGUCACCCACUACCCGCUCUCCGUGGCCACCUUCGACCCGGCCAACAACGCCCUCACGACCACCGACGGCAACGAGCUGUCCUACGACUACCUGGUCGUGGCGCCGGGGCUCGAGAGCAACUUCGCGGGCGUCAGGGGGCUCCCCGAGGCCCUGCAGGACCAGGCCAGCAUGGUCAGCUCCAUCUACUCGGACAGGACGGUCGAGCAGGUGUGGCGCAACAUCCAGGCCUUCAGGAGCGGCACCGCCAUCUUCACCCAGCCCGCGGGCAUCAUCAAGUGCGCCGGCGCGCCGCAGAAGAUCCUGUGGAUGGCCCUGUCGCAGUGGGAGCGCGACGGCGUGCGCAAGGACAUCCUGCCCUACUUUGCCACCGGCACCCCGACCAUGUUCGGCGUGCCCAAGUACUCAAAGGCCCUCGAGGAGCUGCGCGUCAAGCGCCGCGUCGAGGGCCUGUUCCAGCACAGCCUGGUCGCCGUGGACGCGUCCAGGAGGGUGGCCACCUUCAAGGACCUCGCGGCGGACGGCAAGGAGGUCGAGAAGGAGUUUGGGUUCCUGCACGUGACUCCCCCCCAGAAGCCCUGGGACUGGGUGGCCAAGUCGCCCCUGGCCGACGCAGCCGGCUGGGUCGACGUCGACAAGACCACGACCAAGCACAACAAGUACGCCAACGUCUUCUCCAUCGGCGACGCCUCGUCGCUGCCCAACUCCAAGACGGCCGCCGCCAUCAGCUCGCAGGCCCCCGUGCUGGUCGACAACCUGCUGUCCACCAUCCGCGGCCAGGAGCUGCGCGCCGGCUACACGGGCUACGCCUCGUGCCCGCUGCUGACGGGCCACAACGAGCUGAUGCUGUGCGAGUUCAAGUACGGCGGCGUGCCCGACGAGACCUUCGCCAAGGUCCCCGGCAUCGGCAGCCAGGACGUGCCCCGCCGCGUCUUCUACCACCUCAAGAAGGACUUCUUCCCCUCGGUGUACUGGGGCAGCUUCGUCAAGGGGACGUGGUUCGGGCCCAGGGGCUGGUCCAGGCCUAACACUGACAAGACUGCUUGAUUCAGGGGCUGGCUUGGCGGUGGAUGGGGUUUCUCGGGGUUAUGAAAAUUAGAAAGGUUAUGUAUGAAAAGGUGUUUCGAUACAGGCAUGGCAGCACUUCCCAGUUCGCCCUCGCACGCUCGUGCGAGAACAUGUGUGACUGACUGGCCAAGAAUGAAGGCAUAAUACCGGGCUGAUCACGUCGAGGCCUCAGCAGAAGAACAUGUUCUAAGCGUUAUCUACCGGCAAAUACGACCUCACACGGGCUCCCACCCAACCCCAGAAGUCAAACAGUAGCCAUAAACACCUGCAUGCCACUGUCUGUCUCCCACUUAACUGCCACCCCCGGCGCCACGAAAUAAAUAAACCCCUCCCUCAGCUCAAACCCCGUCCCAUCCGCGGUCAUCCUCCCGCUCCCCUGCGUAACAAACAAAACAGAAGGGCCCUCCCCAGCACAAAUCUCAUCGCCCUCGCCCGCCCCCAGCCCACAAACAAGCAUGUCGAACUCGCUCAUGGGCGGGCUAUACACCCCCGUCCGCCCGGUGCUGCUCCGCCCGCUCCUCCGCCUCGGGAGGAUCACGUCCCCGGCGCUGUGCGGCCGGAACGUCAGCGUCUCCGCGAACAGGUCCGCACUAUCCCGGUCCGCGCGCGGGCAGAACCCGACGUUGAGGACGUUGUCCGACCGCGCCAUGCACUCGACGAUGUUGCCCGACAGGUACGCGUGGACCCCGUCGGCGGGGAUGUACACCGCGUCCAGGGGCCUUAGCGUCAAAAAGUUCAUGCACACCACCG